GGCCGCGGUGCCGCCUUCCUCGCUCCAGAAGCCCCGGACUGGGAGGUUCUGCGCCGGGUCACCACCUCCGGCUGCCAUGCGGUGGCUAGGCCAGCCUUGCGCCCUGGCUCCGUUUUUGCCCAGGGGAGCUUUCCAGGUCAUCGGCGGGCGCCUUGCUUUGGACCAAGCAGCUGGCACGGCCGGCAGCCUCCGAUCGGGGCUACUUGGGGCCGGCGGCGCUGCGCCGGGGUUCCUGCCGGGCCAGGCACAGCUCAGCUGGGCGGUCGAGAGUCCGGUUCCCAGCCGAGGGCACCAGCAAAGCGGUCUCCGGCUCUUGCGUCGCCUCUUGCGGGAAUCGGGACUGCUGCUGGUGGUGCAACCCGCUCGCUUUGCGCUCCCGGCGGCGGCCGGUGGAACCGAGGCGCUGCGUCGCCACCUGGAAACGCCGGCGGGGGAUCCCAACCGGCUGCACCCCGAGAGAACCUGGCAUGCAGCGAAGGGCGACUUCUUUGCCGGCGGGCAGGAGAGCCGCGGCGGGGGAUCCCGCGGCAACCUCGCACCUCCCCAAACUACAGGUACAUCUCCAGAAAAUCCCACAGAUCCCAGCCAGGGAAAUGGGAAGAAACCAAAUAAAUCACAUCAGUUGAAGAAAAUUUUUAAGGAAUACGGAGCUGUUGGAGUAACGUUUCAUAUUGGGAUUUCUUUGGUAUCUCUGGGAAUGUUUUAUCUCAUUGUGUCAAGCGGAGUAGACAUGACCACUAUUCUCUUCAAGCUGGGAUUUAAUGAAGCCCUUGUGCGAUCCAAGCUAGCUGCUGGAACAAGCACUUUUGUAUUGGCCUACGCUAUUCACAAACUGUUUGCUCCGGUCCGGAUCAGCAUCACCGUCAUUUCGGUGCCCUUUCUUGUUCGCUAUUUUCGGAAGAUAGGAUUUUUCAAGCCUCCGGCUCCAAACCCUUGAAAUUAUUCCCUGGAAUUAAAAAGGCCGCUCCAUCUUUUCUUCUUAGAAACUUUCGAUAGCUCAUGCACUCUGGCUUUUCUGUUUGCAAUCUCCCCAAAAGGAUGGGAAUGUGCUUUGUCUGAAAUUAGUAACUACUUUGAAAAGACUGCUGUCUAUGUUGCUCAGCUACAUGCUUACUGAGGCCCUGAAGAAUUACGGAUUUGGUACGCUGAUAAAGAUGUCAGAUUACACCACUAGAACAUGUUAUCUCUAUGGAGUAGGAAGACUUUUUAAACAAUGGGCCUAUUCAGGAUUGUCCCAUGGUGGAGGAUGUUGAAGAACAGGCAUAAAUGACCAGAAGGCAGGUUCAAGUUGAGGACUAAAAACACUUCCUACGAACAAUUUGACAAUGAAACCAAAUUUGGGAUUUCCUUUUUCUGGGAUGCUUUCAAGCAUAUUUUGAUUCCUGAACUGAAUAAAACUCUACGUUAUAUAGAC